AUGCCGCGGCCGGGGAAGAGCUCGUACAGCGACCAAAAGCCGCCCUAUUCGUAUAUCUCGCUGACCGCCAUGGCCAUCCAGCACUCGGCCGAGAAAAUGCUGCCGCUGAGCGACAUCUACAAGUUCAUCAUGGAGCGCUUCCCCUACUACCGCGAGCACACGCAGCGCUGGCAGAACAGCCUGCGCCACAACCUCUCCUUCAACGACUGCUUCAUCAAGAUCCCGCGCCGGCCCGACCAACCCGGGAAGGGGAGUUUCUGGGCGCUGCACCCCGAUUGCGGCGACAUGUUCGAGAACGGCAGCUUCCUGCGGCGUCGCAAGCGUUUCAAGGUGCUGCGCGCGGACCACGCGCACCUGCACUCCGGUAGCAGCACCAAAGGCGCAGCGCCGGGGUCGGGACCCGGAGGGCACUUGCAUCCCCAUCACGCGCAUCACCCGCACCACCAUCACCAUCACCACCAUCACCACCAUCACGCAACAGCACACCACCACCACCAUCCGCCGCCGCCGCCGCCGCCGCCGCCGCCGCCGCCGCCGCACAUGGUGCACUAUUUCCAUCAGCAGCCGCCCCCGGCCCCGCAGCCGCCGCCGCCACCGCCGCAUCUCCAGUCCCAGGCCCCGCAGCCGCCGCCCCAGCAAUCCCAGCCCGCGCAGCCGUCGCAUCCCGGUAAGAUGCAGGAGGCGGCGGCCGUGGCGGCGGCGGCGGCGGCGGCGGCGGCCGCGGCGGUGGGCAGCGUGGGGCGCCUGUCUCAGUUUCCACCCUACGGGCUGGGGUCGGCCGCCGCCGCCGCCGCCGCCGCCGCCGCCUCCACCACGGGCUUCAAACACCCGUUCGCCAUCGAGAACAUCAUCGGCCGGGACUACAAGGGUGUGCUGCAGGCGGGUGGGCUGCCAUUGGCCUCCGUCAUGCAUCACUUGGGCUACCCCGUUCCGGGCCAGCUGGGGAAUGUCGUCAGCUCGGUGUGGCCUCACGUGGGUGUCAUGGAUUCGGUGGCCGCCGCCGCCGCCGCCGCGGCAGCAGCUGGGGUCCCCGUCAGCCCGGAGUACGGAGCAUUCGGGGUGCCCGUCAAAGCCCUGUGCCACUCAGCCAGCCAGAGUCUGCCAGCGGUGCCAGUGCCCAUCAAGCCCACGCCAGCGCUGCCCCCGGUGACCGCGCUGCCGCCGGCGCUCACCGUCCCCGCCGCCGCCCAGCAGCCGCCCGCGCCCGCCGCCGUGUGCCCCGCGGCCACCGCCUCACCCACCGCCCCCCUGCUCGAGACCACGGCGGCCGGCGCGGCCGACGGCAAGGGCGGGUCGCUGCACUCCGUGCUGGUGCACUCCUAG